CGACUACGUUUUGUCAACAUUUACUGAGGUUGAAAGUAGUCAUGGUACGGUGGCAAGUACUGAUGUUGAAACCUUCGACAACCUCUUUAAAUUCAUACAGUCCCUUGACAAUCUUGCUGGUCGGGUAGRGCAUGGAGGUGACUGCCGUGAGCCAACGUACGCCGGAAUCAUCAAAGGGAUAACACAAGGUCAUCCAGAACGAGGUUCACCUAUGUAUGUAUUUACAAAUGCUCCGCCGAAGCCCUUUGGAGAGUUUACCAAGGAUAACGCCAUAUAUCAUGCACAGAGGAAUAAGAUGCCAGUCAACUUUUUUCUUCCCAAACCCUUUUGUGCUCCUAAACCGAAGUCUCAUUACAAGGCAAUUGCUGAAGCAACAGGUGGAUUUGCUCUGACCUUCAAAAGCGCACCUUCCAUGAGUAAGCUAGAACAGUUGGUUAAGAAUAGUCUUGAUGGCACUUCKUCGGUCGCAAGUGGUCGUGUCAUCAAUGCAAAACACAACCACAAGCGAAAUAUCCAAAAAGAAUACCAAAAAGAAUUUGUUGUUGAUGACAUCAUGGCUGAAGGUAGGAUCGAGAUUGAGGCGGAAGGAAACCAGAAAGAGAUUAAAUUGUUCAAUCCAAAAGAYGUCCAAAAACAUCCUGAAACAGAUGUUGAUAAUACCCUGUUYUGGACCAUUCUCAGACCAAUGAAAGGAAAAUGGAGAUUUAUUUCUGUUAAAAAAUUCAAAGUUAAGUUCAAGUCGCAAGUAAAGUUGGAGAUCACUUUCGANAUUUUGCUGAUGUUAGCUCCACCGAAAAUGCUACUUAAAGCACUUGGAUUUGAUGUAUGA